AGCCUAUUUAGGGCGUUGCACUGGUCUUCCCCGGAGCAUGAGCAGUGCAUCCAUCGCAGCCCUUAUAGCACUCGCAUACAGAUCCAACAUCUCCACAGUUAUCCUUCUUCUCUCCUCGUCCCUCCAUAUUUGAAUUGCAGUCAUGCGUUGGCAUCAUUUCCUCUGCUGCUUGCCCCUCCGUCUAGGUGUUUUGAUUGUUGCAGCUUUGACUCUUUCCGGUAGCACUCUUGUCGCUGUAGGCGCUUGGAUAAAUGUUCACAACAUUAUCAACCAUACACUUGAGCUCUCGAAAACCGGAGAAAUAACGGUGUACAUCGUCGCUGGUGUGUAUACUCUUGUUGCCAUUACAUCCCUUCUUGGGCUAGUAGGCGCGUUGACCGCGAGGCCAGGCCUCGUGUCCACCUUCAACAGUCUGCAAAUAGGAUCAUUCAUCAUCAGUUUGGCGAUUGGUGCAUACUCGUUAUACCUUCUGUUCAGCAACAAAUACGAGAUCGACACCUCUAAUUGCAUAAACUCUGUCGAUGCUACUACUAGCGCCGAUACCGCCAAGCAAGUCUGCGACACAGCGCUUAAAGUAUCAAAGGCUGUUGUUGUAGUCAUCUACGGCAUAAUAUGGCUCGCUCAAUUCUAUGGCCUCUUCAUUGUGCGUAGCUACGUUCGGGAACUGGAGGAGAAAAGGUUCGCGAGGUACAAGUAUGUGACAGUCGCACCAUGAGGCUUUUCGUGCUGCUUGCAUUGUA